AUGGCUGACAAAGAUGAUGGGUUACCUGACGAAGAUGUCAAACAAAACGACAAACACAAUUGGGGGGCUGCCGAUCUUGAGAAGGUGAACGUUGUUGAGGAGGAAAAAGAUGAUUUGAGGAUGUCUUCGGAUGCGUUAGGAAAAAUUAUUGCAAAUCCUCAACAGCCGAGGCAAAAAAUAGUGAACAUCAAAAAGGACGACUUGGAGAUGAUUAUGAACGAACUGGAGCUCCCUAAGGAUCUUUUUAUUAGUGAGCGAAAUACUGUUGUCUAUCAUAUAAUGUGUGGUGUCAUGGCGGACUCAUUCUCAUUAGAGUAG